AUGUUGAAGGUUCGUCUAGUUGUUAGUGCAGAAGCAACGCUAGACAAACUUUUCCAGCUGUCUGAUGAUGCGGAGAAGGCGACUGAGCUCAGUGACUCACAAAGACAAUUAAUGGACGAUUUGAGCAAGGAUGAUCCCACGGCUGAAGUGGAUGUCAAUGUUUUUUCUGGAGAAGAUGAGCUCUUUGCCUACGACAGAACGUUGUCGCGGCUAUACGAGAUGCAAGGCUGUCAGUAUUGGAACGCGAGGAAGCCGAGUAGCACAUCAUAG